AUGUUCGGCUCCGCAGUUCCUCCUGGGACCUCCAACGAUGCAUUGAAACUGGCAGAUCCGUUCUAUCAUCUACCUUUCAAGGUCUUCAGCGCGCUUCGCGACCCUGGCCGGCUGCCGUUUUCGCUGUGGCAUGCGCCGACUACCUACCAUCUUGAUGCAGCGCAACUUGGACAUAUUACUGACCUUGUCGUUCACCGGAUGCUGACUGUCGUUUGCAGUCUGUUGCGUACUGAGAGGUCUGCCAUUGCGAUCCUCGUUCCUUGCAUGAAGACAUUCCUGGACAUCUCCCCCGAGAACCAAAGCACCCUCGAGGCAUAUCCGAAAUACUGCCUAAAGCUUACUUUGCUCUAUGACAUCAUAUCGAAGAAGCUUCUCGUCCGUCAGAAGAUGAUAGAAGAAGGCAGGUCGGGUUCAUUCUGCACUCCAUCGCAGAGCAGCACUGCAGGACUUCCAUCCGGCGCCUCCAACAUCCUGUAA